AUGAGGAAACAGCUGGACCCGAGGAUAGCGACGCUGAUUCGGAACAAUGUCGCAACGAACCACCGGUCGUUCUUUGUACUUGUGGGCGACCACGGACGGGAUCAGGUGGUGAACUUGCACUUUCUCCUCUCGCAGUCGCGCACCUCGGCCCGUCCCAACGUGCUCUGGUGCUACAAGAAGGACCUGGGCUUCACCACCCACCGCAAGAAGAGAGAGGCCAAGAUCAAGCGGGACAUCAAGCGGGGCGUUCGAGAAAAAGGCGAUGCCUCAGACCCCUUUGAGCUCUUCGUGGGCGUCACCGAUAUCCGAUACUGCUACUACAAGGACACACCAAAGAUUCUCGGAAGGACAUUUGGCAUGCUCAUUCUCCAGGAUUUCGAGGCCAUUACGCCGAACCUCUUGGCUCGAACAAUCGAGACUGUCGAGGGGGGAGGUGUGGUCGUGCUUCUCCUCAAGACGAUGACGAGCCUGCGCCAGCUCUACUCCGUCGCUAUGGACGUACACGCCAAGUACAGGUCGUCAUUUGACCCUUCAGACCCUGUCGCACGUUUCAACGAACGCUUUCUGCUCUCGCUCUCUGCCUCGCCGGCCUGCUUGGUGCUCGAUGACGAGCUCAACGUGCUGCCAGUGUCCAAGGGAAAAGACAUCAGACCAUUGGAGGAGACACCCGCCAGCGAGUCGAGCAAGAUGGCACUCAGGCGGAACAAGGAGAGGGAGCAGGAGCUGAGCAAUCUCAAGGAAGAAGUUGCCCAGACUAAGGUUGUGGCAGAGGUUGUCAAGCAUACAAAGACGCUCGAUCAGGCACGAGUGGUGCUCACCAUCCUCGAUGUUCUUGCCUCUUCGUCGCUGUCGACGACGGUCGCCCUUACGGCAGGCCGAGGACGAGGAAAAUCGGCUGCACUGGGUCUGAGCAUCGCGGCAGCCAUCGCGCAUGGCUAUGCCAACAUCUUCGUGACAUCUCCCUCGCCCGAAAAUCUCCGAACACUCUUCGAGUUCCUUUUCAAGGGACUGCAGGCGUUGGGAUACGAAGAGGUGGCCGAUUGGGACCUACAGAGAGGCACGGGCGAGUGGAAGGAUGUCGUGGUGCGAGUCAAUAUCUUCCGUGGACAUCGGCAGACGAUUCAGUACAUUGCUCCUACCGAUGCCCAUGUUCUCGGCCAGGCCGAGCUCGUCGUCAUCGAUGAAGCAGCUGCCAUUCCUUUGACUCUCGUUCGAAGCCUCAUGGGUCCUUAUCUCGUCUUCCUCAGCAGCACCAUCAAUGGCUACGAGGGAACGGGCCGGAGUUUGAGUCUCAAGCUGAUUCAGCAGCUGCGCGACAAUGCCAAGAGAGCCACAGACGCCGCGGCGGAUCAAGAGGAGGGUGCGCUUGUGGCAAAGUCCAGCGAAAGGUCCAAGAAGAGCGUGGCGCCGACACUGGCCAGCCGCAACCUCAAGGAGGUCAACCUCGACGAGCCGAUUCGGUACUCGGACGGCGAUGAAGUGGAAAAGUGGCUUCACCAGCUCCUCUGUCUCGAUGCCUCGCUCAAGUCGUGGUCCUCCAAAAAGGGCAGCCCGCAUCCGUCGAUGUGCAGCCUGUUUGAGGUCAACCGAGAUGCCCUCUUCAGCUUCCACCCCGCCUCGGAGGUCUUUCUCCAGCGAAUGCUUGCUCUCUACGUAGCGAGUCACUACAAGAACUCGCCAAACGACCUGCAGCUGAUGUCAGACGCGCCAGGACACCGGCUGUUUGUGCUCCUCGCUCCCGUCGACUCGGCAGGCAGCCUGCCCGAGCCAUUGUGUGUGCUCCAAGUGGCCCUUGAGGGAAACGUCAGCCGCCAGUCGAUUCUCAACAGCCUGAGCAGGGGCACGCGCGACGCUGGCGACCUGGUCCCCUGGACCGUCUCGCAGCAGUUUCAGGAUGCCGACUUUGCCAGUCUUUCGGGAGCAAGAGUCGUCCGGGUCGCCGUGCAUCCUGACCACGCAAGGGCCGGAUACGGCAGCCGAGCGAUUGAGUGCCUUCGCGCCUAUUAUGCAGGCGAGCUGUUCGAUGCUGACUCAGCGGCAGCGGCGGCUGCCCAGAGCAAGUCCGACGUUGAGACGUUUGCCUCGGUCCGGGACCGCGCAACGGGCGGCGCGCUGCAGGAGGAAAAGAACAGCAUCGCCAUCCGAGACGGCGCCAAGAUGCCGGCCCUGCUCGAGAGGCUCUCGGACAAGCAGCCCGAGGCCGCUCUGGACUGGCUCGGUGUCAGCUACGGCUUCACUCCGGCCCUCUUUCGAUUCUGGAAGAGAAACGGUUUCGUGCCGCUGUACGUGCGCCAGACGCAGAAUGAGCUCACGGGCGAGUACACUGCCGUCAUGGUGCGUGGAGUGGACAAGGCAGAAAAGCCGAGGUGGUUGGGCGCCUUUGCUGCCGACUUUCGCCGCCGCUUCAUCUCGCUCCUCGGCUUUCGUUUCCGGGAUGUGACGGCUGUUUCGGCGCUGAGCGUGCUGGAGGCUGCCUCUUCUGGAGCAAAGUCUGCCGUCAGCGACAACGACGACAAUGACGACGAGGAAGAGGGGCAGACAUCUCUGACGUUUGCCGAGAUCCGCACGCUGCUGAGCCCCUUUGACAUGAAGCGGCUGCAGGCCUUUGGCAACAACAUGGUCGACUACACUGUCGUGCUUGAUCUUCUCCCCACGCUCGCCUCGCUCUACUUUAACAACCGCCUCUUUGCGGCCGCGACCGAGGGGGAGGACGAGGCCGAGGAAGGCAUCAAGGCGCAGCUUAAGCUGAGUGGGAUCCAGGCGGCCACGCUCCUGGCCCUCGGCCUCCAGCGUAAAGAUCCAAACGACAUUGAAAAGGAGCUUGGCCUGCCGACGGCCCAGGCGCUGGCACUCUUUGUCAAGGCCGUCCGCCGGAUCACGGCGUGCCUGCAGCGCGUCGAGAAGGCGCACUACGCAAAGGAGCUGCAGGCCAACGGCGAUUCGAGCGGGUCCAAAAGGACAGCGGCGGCAGCGGGGAGAAAGUGGGAGCCGAUUGAGCAGAGCGUCGAGGAUGAGCUCCGGGAGGCGGGCAAGCUCGACGAGCAGGAGAGGAAGAGGAGAGAGGAGCAGCGGGAGCUGCUCAAGAGCAUGGAUCUGGACCAGUACGCCAUUGAUGACGAUGCAGGCCAAGAGGACGGCUGGAGGGAGGCCGAGGCGAGGGCGGCAAAGCUGAUCGACGGAGGUGUCGCGGGCGAGGCGCCGACAAUCGAGAGCGAGAAUGGGCCAAAGAAGAGGAAGCAGGACCAGCAGGGAAAGAAGGGAAAGAAGAUGAGGUCAUAG